GCGAUAGGAAGUUGUGAAGUAGGGGUGUACGUUCCUCGACUGGUAGGGUAAAAUUAUAAGGAUUGAAGAAGCGUACGAUAGAGUAACAUUAAUAUCCAAGCGAAAUAACCCGUACAUCCAGUAAUUCCUCAAAUAAACCUUUCAGGAUAUCGGUGUUGAAUUAGCGCUGUAUCACUGGACUUCAACCAGGUUUGUAUGAGCGUGGAAGAGGGCACAGAUUUUCCAAAUGGCUGAAAACCUGGCAAACGUUUUGCAUGAGCAACUUUCUGAGGGUUUUUCAGAUACCCACAGAAAUAAUUCGGGCGAGGGUGCGGACAGGAGGCGGAUGGUGGAGGGGGCGGGCCAGGAGCUCAAUGGACAGCCUCCCCCAGCAUGCCCUUCCCAGCGCCUGGAGAGCGAGGAGGACGAGGAUGAGGAGCUCACCCUGAAAUACGGGGCCAAGCACGUCAUCAUGCUCUUCGUCCCUGUCACACUCUGCAUGGUCGUCGUCGUAGCAACCAUCAAAUCUGUCAGCUUCUACACGCAGAAGGAUGGGCAGCUGAUCUACACCCCCUUCCCUGAGGACACGGAGACGGUGGGACAGCGAGCACUCAACUCCAUCCUCAAUGCUGCCAUCAUGAUCAGUGUGAUCAUCGUCAUGACGCUGCUGCUGGUCGUGCUCUACAAGUACCGCUGCUACAAGGUGAUCCACGGCUGGCUCAUCAUCUCUUCCCUGCUUCUGCUUUUCUUCUUCUCCUUCAUCUACCUGGGGGAAGUGUUCAAGACCUACAAUGUGGGGAUGGACUACAUCACGCUGGCCCUGAUCAUCUGGAACUUCGGGGUGGUGGGGAUGAUCUGUAUUCACUGGAAGGGGCCCCUCCACCUGCAGCAGGCCUACCUCAUCAUGAUCAGCGCGCUCAUGGCCCUGGUCUUCAUCAAAUACCUUCCCGAGUGGACAGCCUGGCUCAUCCUCGCCGUCAUCUCGGUCUACGACCUGGUUGCAGUGCUGUGCCCCAAGGGUCCCCUGCGGAUGCUGGUGGAGACGGCCCAAGAGAGGAACGAACCCAUCUUCCCAGCGCUUAUCUACUCCUCUACAAUGGUGUGGUUGGUGAACAUGGCAGACACAGACGCAGAGUCACGGAAAAAGCCAGCCCUGAAUUCCACUGCGCCAGAGAGGCAGGCUGUACCCAGCCAGUCUGUGCAGGGGCCGGAUGACGGAGGCUUCACCACGGACUGGGAGAUGAGGCAACAGGAGACGCUGGGGCACAUGGAGUCCAGCGAGGAGACACGCAGACGGGUGCAGGAAAUGCCCUCAGCACGCCCCCCUGCCAUUCAGAGCGACGACUCGGAAGAGAGGGGGGUGAAACUGGGUCUGGGGGAUUUCAUCUUCUACAGUGUGCUGGUCGGGAAGGCCUCCGCCACAGCCAGUGGGGACUGGAACACGACGCUGGCCUGCUUCGUCGCCAUCCUCAUCGGCCUGUGUCUGACCCUGCUGCUCCUAGCCAUCUUCAAGAAGGCUCUGCCUGCCUUGCCCAUCUCUAUCACCUUUGGCCUUGUCUUCUAUUUUGCCACAGACAACCUGGUGCGCCCCUUCAUGGACCAGCUCGCCCUUCACCAGUUCUACAUCUAGCACUGGCUGUCUGGGACUCGGGGCACCUGUCCCAACCGCACACAAAACAAAAAGAAAUGAAUGCGAUCAAGUUAAAUGAUGUGACACUGGAAAAGGGAGACGUUGUGUCUCCCAGUCCCCCCCUUUGUUUCCCCAAUCUCUGUAUUCCUGGAACUUCCUUAACUGGGAACAGUUUGUUCAUCCAGUUUGGAAUGGAUUCAAGACUCUGUGUGCUGAUCCCUCUCACCCUAAAUCCUCUUUCUAAUAAGCAUUAAAAAAUGAACUUUACACAAUCAGAGCCUUUUUUUCCUGGUGCUGUUUCAUGUCAAGUCUGCGUGGGAAAGGAUUGGACGAUGUCGGCUCUCUACACAACUGCACUUGCAGGUUCCUUGGGGCCGGGCCAGUGUAAAAGAAAUAUUGAGAGCCAAGGUGACUGGGAGCCUGAUAGCAUUAGUCCUGUUGCAUUAUUCCAUUAUAUCAAGCUGGCUUAGGCUGGGGCGAGUGAGUUGUAUCUGCUAAAGUGAGAAAGGGAGUUUGGGCAGAAUUGCAAUUGCUGUAAAUAAUCGACAACCUGUUUAGAUUGAAUUCCUGAAUGCAGCUUUUGAAAUAUCCUGUACAUAUCAGGUUUUUUUUUUUCUGUGUCAUAAUAAAAAAAAUUAAAACAA